UACUGUCUUUCCUUAUUUAGGACAAUUAUUGAAAAGCUUCACGUCCUCUGCUGUGUUGAUACUAUAUGCAUCUUUGCAAGAAUAUUUUCCUGUUUCUAUAACAACACGGUUUUGCGAAUCUGAUCUGACCCGGUGAUGAUUCAAGCGCACAUGAGCAUAUUACACAAAAAAAUGUGCGAAAACAGCUGGAAACUUCUAGCAGAACGCCACUCAUUAAUAACUAACCACUCCUACCAGUAAACCAGAGAGUGUAAAUACUUUUAACCUACAGUACCUGACAGGAUGUCUGUUAUUGAGGAGGAACGAGUCCGCGGUGGUGUUUUUAAGGACAUUAAUGCAGAAGAUGAAGAUCAGCAACCUACAGUGAUCGAGAGUUUGUGCAUGAACUGUUAUGAAAAUGGAAGCACACGUCUACUGCUUACUAAGAUCCCUUUCUUCAAAGAAAUCAUCAUCAGCUCUUUCACAUGUCCACACUGUAACUGGACCAACACAGAAAUCCAGUCUGCUGGUCGGAUACAAGAACAGGGUGUGCUGUACACCUUACAAGUGAAGACCAAAGAGGACAUGAACCGAGAGGUUGUGAAGUCCGACAGUGCGUCCACCAGAAUUCCACAACUUGAUUUUGAAAUUCCUGCUUUCACACAGAACGGCUCUUUGUCAACAAUCGAGGGCCUUCUGGACAGAGCAGUGGCGGGUUUAGAACAAGACCAACCUAUUAGAAAGGCAACAGAUCCAGUUGUAGCUGAAAAAAUAGAGGAAUUCAUCCAGAGGUUCAAAAAACUUAAAGAAGUAGAAGAGGAAUUCACAUUAAUUAUUGAUGAUUCAUCAGGGAACAGUUUUAUUGAGAAUCCAUUUGCGCCUGAGAAAGACAUGGCUCUCACUGUCACACAUUACAAAAGGACGCCUGAACACAACGCUGCACUAGGAAUAGAGGUAGAGGAAGAAGAAAAUGACGAAAAGCCUGGCAGUGAUCUAGAUACAAUGAGAAAUGAGGUAUUAGUGUUCAACACUAACUGCCCAGAAUGCAACGCCCCAGCCAAUACAAACAUGAAGCUUGUUCAAAUCCAACACUUUAAAGAGGUCAUUAUAAUGGCCACUAAUUGUGACAGCUGCAGACAUCGCACCAAUGAGGUGAAAUCUGGAGGAGCCACAGAAGAGCUGGGAACCAGAAUAACACUCCACUUAACUGACCCUUCAGAUAUGUCCAGAGACCUGCUGAAGUCAGAGACGUGUAGCGUGUUAAUUCCUGAGCUGGAGUUUGAGUUGGGGAUGGCAGCUCUCGGAGGGAAGUUCACUACGCUGGAAGGACUUCUCAAGGACAUCAAAGAUCUGAUUGUUUCAAAAAAACCCUUCAUGUGUGGAGACAGCUCUACAGCAGAUAGAGCCGAGAAACUGGAACUCUUUGGGCAAAAGAUUGACAAGAUAAUAGCAGGGGAAAUGGAUGUGCACAUUAUCCUGGAUGAUCCUGCAGGAAAUAGUUAUCUUCAGAAUCAGAAUCAGAAUCAGAAUGAGCUUUAUUGCCAGAAUGUUUAUGCGCCAGAUCCAGAUCCAGAAAUGAAGAUUGAGAAGUACACCAGGACCUUUGAGCAGAACGAAGACUUGGGGCUGAAUGACAUGAAAACAGAAGGGUAUGCAGAGAAAUAGGCUUAAAGUUAGAGAAAAAUGGAGAUUAUAUCUUGUUAUAUGCCAAAUUCUGUCAAAACCAUUAUAUAGCAUUAUUUAAUUCACUUUUACAUUUAUUGUAAUAUCUCAUGUAAUUAGCACUUCUGAAAACCAUAAUGUCUUUUAAAGGCAGCGUUAUGAUUUGAUAUUAUUUUUGCUUGAAUAAGUGUAAGGUGCUGAAUUUUCCUUGCUGUCUGUGACAAUUUUUAAGUUAUAAGUUUUGGUCAUCUUGGCUAUGAAGCUCUUGUGUUAAUUACCAGUAUAACAACAGAAUUGUUAGAAAGUUUUUGAAGUACUUAAAACUACAGACACUUAAUAAAGUAGUCUUAAGCACACUGGAUGUGAAUUCUUUGGACGCAUUUUCAUUUUCAUGUAAUUAGACUGACUCAUAAAGGCUGUAAUAUAAUAAGUUAUGUUUGUACAAUAAAACGGUAUGGUAUAAGUAUGGUGCUGAUCUGUACACUUUGAGUUCAGUGAGAUAUCUAAUUAACAAUGGCUUCAGCAUGACAUCAAACCCGAAUGCAACUUAUAAUAGAUUUUAUGACCAUAUUGGAACAUGCAGUUACACUGCUGACGAUGCAUUCGGUUUCAAUUAUCUGGCUCUUUAGUGUACAUUGUGUUUUUCUAAUUAGUCAAUUAUUUAUUCUUUAUUAUUGUUAAUACUGAUAAAUGGCACCAUUUGGUGAGUGUCAGAAAAAUAGCUCCCAACAAAGCCAUUACAGCACAGUCCUUUACCAGCGAACAAGUGUUCACAGGGCAUUGUUUGCAUACCUGUUUACUGCCAUUCAUUCUCAAGUGAUCAAUGAAUAAAAAAAGACAUGUAAAUUUGCAUAAAUAUGUAAAUGACAUUCUGCUUUUUUUGGCACAAUAAUGACUCAUUUGCUCUGCAUAUUGGUUAUUAAAAUUAUGUAAAUGUAACGGAUUCUAUAGAGUAGAAUCAGUUAUAUAUUUUAUUUGUAAGUAAAUAUUACUAACUCAGUGUGUGACAUGGCAUGUCUGAUGUCAGCAUGGUGGUGGCAAUGAGAGGGGACCCCUUCAUGUACACUAACUUCUGUCUAAAUAUUCAGCUCAUAAAUUUGCCAUUUUAAUGAACUUUCUAUUUUUAGAAAGGAAGCAAUAUUCAUUUCUUAAUGUAAAAAAUACAAAGUGCUCCUUAAAUGUAGCACACUUCAAACGCUUCUAAUUAGAGCUUCUCUUUUAGACCAUUCAAGUCAUGCAACUUCGAGAAAAACAAUGAAUCACGGGUUCUUUGAGCCUUCCACUGGCACUUAACAUUUAUUGAAAGUUGAACAGCAGAUAAAAGGACAUGACUUGCAUGUAAUUUGAAGCAGUGACAAAUGUAACCAGCAUUGGUCCAUAUACGAUGGAAUACUUAUGUUCAUUCACCACACAAAUGGAGCCCCCCCCCCUUCUUUCUCAGUAAGGAUAGUCCACCGUGAUGGCAGGUUAAAUGUCCCAUGGCCAUUUAUAGCCAGUGGUGGUGUAGAUCUCGUGUGAGGGAGUGCGUCUGUCCAAUAGAGCAAUUAUCAACACCAAAAAAAAAAAAAUCAAAGUUUACAAGAUGCAGCUGUCAUCUUCAUUAAAACAUA